AUGUCUGCACCGACUUGGGACUUGGACGCUCUCCGAACGAAAAUGUCUUUGGGUCUGCAGUCCGGCGGGGUCCAGGUCACGGGAUGGCGCGACACGGCAACACGUCCCGGCGAUACGCAAAAGCGUAAAAGGGCCGAGGCGUUGCGGGGGCAACGGCGCCGCUUCUGUGUUUUGGGCGACCGUGAAGCCACGCGCUUUCCUUCUCUCUCUCUCGGGCGCGACGGCGUCUCUCACCAACUCAUCCUCAGGCAUCCAUUACCACCCCCUCUCUUUCCCGUGACAGUACCGAUACUUUCUCUCUCCCGCACUUUAGCAGGGAGUUCCGGUGCUCUACGCGUCAGACUUCGGACGACUCCGUCCGUUCCUGUCGACCCGACGGCCGUUGAAUUAACAAGUAAGCAGGCUCGGAGUCUUCGUACGCGGGGUACGAUGAACGAGAACGACGAGAACGGGCCCCAAACGCGUCUGACGCGGGCCAAGGCCGCUGCCAUGUCGGCAGGAGAUGCCCCGGCUGCCAACGCCACGAAGAAACCCCUUCAGACCAAGAAAGCUGCCACCUCCACGACCGGCGGAGUCCCCAGAAAACGCGCUGCCCUCGGCGAUGUGAGCAAUGUCAACAAGGCCGACAGUGGUGAGACCAAGGAAGCGAAGAAGCCCGCCGGCAGCAAGGUCGGAUUGACGUCGAAGGCCGGCGGCGUUCAGAAACUCAGUCGCACCAACACCACCCGUACUGCCAUGGGCGCCAAGGACGCGAACUCCAAGAAGCCUGCCGUCGACGCGAAACGCCCGGGUAGCGGAUCAGGAAUCGGUAGCGCACAGAAGAAGCGGCCGGCCAGCGAAAAGUCGAUACCGGAGAAGGCCCUGCAGCAGGAAGAACCCCCACGCAAGAGAGUCGAUGUCGAGAAGCUCGAGGCCAAGAAGGCCGCCCCGGAGAAGGCAUCGACUGUGAAGGGAAAGGUCCAGGUCACCGACGAGGUCGUGGAGAAGACCGACGCGAACUACGAAGUGGAGGACCUGGACGAGGAAGACCGCGACGACCCUUUGAUGGCAGCCGAGUACGUUGUCGAGAUUUUCGAAUACAUGAGACAGCUCGAACUGGAAACGCUACCCAACCCCGACUACAUCGAGCACCAGCCUGAUCUCGAGUGGAAGAUGCGCGGCAUUCUCGUCGACUGGCUCAUCGAGGUUCACACGCGUUUCCGUCUUCUGCCCGAAACUCUCUUCCUCGCCGUCAACCUCAUCGAUCGGUUCCUGUCGGCCGAGGUUGUGGCCCUGGAUCGCCUGCAGCUAGUCGGUGUGGCUGCCAUGUUCAUCGCUUCCAAGUAUGAGGAAGUCCUCUCACCUCACGUUGCCAACUUCAGCCACGUCGCCGACGAGACCUUCACGGACAAGGAGAUCCUCGAUGCCGAACGUCACAUCUUGGCCACCCUCGAAUACAACAUGAGCUUUCCCAACCCGAUGAACUUCCUACGUCGCAUCUCGAAGGCCGACAACUACGACAUCCAGACGCGUACUCUUGGCAAAUAUCUGAUGGAGAUCAGCCUUCUGGACCACCGUUUCAUGCAGUACCCUCAGAGUCACGUGUCGGCGGCUGCUAUGUACCUCGCUCGUCUGAUCCUGGAGCGCGGCCCUUGGGACCCCACUCUCGCUCACUAUGCUGGAUACGAUGAAGAAGAAAUCGAGCCCGUCUUCCACCUAAUGAUCGAUUACCUCCACCGUCCAGUCUGCCACGAAGCCUUCUUCAAGAAGUACGCCAGCAAGAAGUUCCUCAAGGCUUCUAUCCUUACGCGGCAAUGGGCCAAGAAGUACCAUCACCACUAUAUCGACAGCUCCCUCUCCGAACCUUACAACUACAUCAAGGAUCAUGAGUAA